AUGUCUAGUCAAUCUUCUUCACGGGUUCCACAAGCCAAGUUCGCUCGAGAAAAUUUAGUCAUCCGACCGCAAAAAGAGUUCCUAUGGGUGGAUUACAAGGAAAAUCAAUCCAAGGCUCGCGACUUAGUCCGAUCGAAGCAGGCCUUUGUAAGGACUCGUCAUCAUCGACUGCGAAGAGAGAAACAGGUGCAAUCCACCGCCCGUGUUGUUGAUGUCUCACGCCAUCCAAAGAGUGAGAGCGAUGAGGAUGACCUUCCGACUGAGCGGGCCCCGAUACUAGCCUCCUCCCCACAGGCAGGAAUUCUCGACGGGAGCCCGUCUCUAGCCAUUAGCACAAAUCACAACCCCAAUAUUUACUUCCACCAUUGUGAGUACAUAUCGCAUCAGACCUUGGACUUCCCUAUUGUGGCCCAAAGCCUGCGUCACUUUCUAUUGGUGGGCCCGUAG